UCCCCUACACAUAUUCCUCUCUCCUCACCCCACACACACGCACCUUAUAAUAUCUCUCUCACUCCCUCAUUUUUCUUGAUCCUCUUACCUCAUCAAUCCCAAUAUCACUGCUAUCUAAACAAAUGUUCCAACAAAGACUUAACAAUAAUAUUACUAGUAGCGAGCUAGAUCAAAUGUUGCAUAUGCUAUCCUCUUCUUCUUUUUCUAAUCCCAUGCCAUUCUCAACAACUUCAAUGGACCAAUCAAAUUCCAAGUGGAAACCACAUGUUGAAAUAGCUCCGAAUUGUCCUCGUUGCGCUUCGACAAACACUAAAUUCUGUUACUACAAUAAUUACAGCCUCUCGCAGCCUCGGUAUUUCUGUAAAGGCUGUAGGCGUUAUUGGACGAAAGGCGGCUCUCUUCGAAAUGUCCCUGUUGGAGGUGGCUGUCGCAAACAUCGUCGUGGAAGGGUGGUCAGAAAUUCACAAACUGGCCACCUUUCCACGGAUGGCUCUGACUCUGUUGACGGUGAUCAACAGAAUCAAAAUAAUGUUUCACGCGAUAUAGAUAUGGCCGUUGUUUUCGCCAAAUUCUUAAACCAAAACACAAGUAGUACUCAUCAUGGUGAUCAUGAGGAAAUAGAAACUGAGAGUGAGGCUAACAAUAAUAAUGGAUCAACUUCUUCCAAUAAUAUGAACAAUUUGUCGACGACACCGGACAGCAUUGAAACUGAGAAUGAUGCAGUAUUCCAGCCUGAUGUAGUCGUUGUAAAUGGGGAUCCUUUUGAUCCGGAAUUGAGUUUGAGUGAGUUUGACGGGUUCCUGGGUGUUGAUGAAGAUGUGGUUCAAGAUGUUCUAUGGCCUGAUUCUUCAGAUGCUAUGAUGGUGUCAACAUGGCAGCAACAACAACCACCAUCCAUGAUGCAAAUGGAGAUGGAUUACUCGAUGCCAUUACCGUUGCCAUUGAAUGAGGGUGAUAAUCAUGAUCAAUUAUUAUUACCUGUUACUGUCAAUUCAAAUUCUGCUAGUGGCAAUUUGAUAAAUGAGAGUUGGAACACUUCUUGGGAUUCUUUUGAUCUUUCAACUAUGGAAGUCUUCUCAUCCAGUUCAAGACCUUAAAACAAAUUAUUGAUUAAGUAGAAUCGAUUUUCCAGAUAUACAUAUUUUUGUUUUAUAUGUUGUAUUAUAUAUUAUUCUUCCUAUUAUUUCAAACAGGAUAACAAAAUGUAUGAGAGAGAGUUUUUACAGCUGCAUUCUAUGAUGAAGUAGAAAAUUAUAAUGCUAGCUAUAAUAGAAAUUAUUUAUGAUU